AUGCCUCUCAUCGAAAAAUCCUAUCCCGCCAUCAUGAGCGCAAUCAAAAGCUCAUCCCUCCCAAAAACUUCUUUCCUGGUAUUCUACUCCUCAAUCGUUGAUGGCAAGAUGUGGUGUCCCGAUUGCGUUGACGUCGAGCCUUCAGUCCGCGAAGCCUUUGAUGGCGCAGAGAAGCCAGAGGCCCAACUCUUCUACGUGGGCAAGAAGGAAGAAUGGCGUACCCCUGAGAAUGUCGCUCGUGUCGAUUGGAAUGUUCGCGGUAUUCCUACCAUCAUCAAGCUGGAAGAGGGAAAGGAGACUGCCCGUGUGACCGAGACCGAGAUCUUGGAUCAGAGCAAGUGGCAGGCAUUCCUCAAAAACUAA